GCGCUCCCUGUCAUUCCAGUAACUGGGUCUGGUAAACCUCGUUAAUUCAGUCAUAUUUAAUGCUCGUGCACAUGGGAAUUUCACUUAUAAAAUAAGUACCUGAAUCAUACAUGACUUUCCGUGUAGUUGUGCACUGGUAACUUAUUUUGCUUUUAAAGUACUCAUUUCCAGGCAUGAGUGAGUUUAAAAUUAAAUAAAACGUCAUUUAUAUUGCAAACACCCCCCAACAAUUAUGCAUAUAAAAAGUAGGCUAGCUUUAUAAUUUACUGGAUAAUUUUAAAUGUAUUAUACCGAUGUUAUUUUUGAUGUUUUAAUUUGUUAUUAAACGAUAAACGACAAUAUACGAUAUACUUGAAUGUCUAACAGAAUAUUGAAAUACACGAUAAAUCACGUCAUAGGUAUAGUAAGCAUUAUGUUAUAAACAUAUACACCCUAAAUUACAAAAACACGCAACAAAAGUAAUGGGGGUCGUGUUAAAAAAAUGAAUAAUCAACGACAUAGUGAAAUGUGUUCCCUUAAUAUUUCUAUAAUAUUAAUAACUCCGUGAUGAGAAACUGUUAACUUAUUGAUUCAGCAGGACCGGUUUACAAGUAUUUUGCAAAAUUUCAGAUGAUGCAAGUAAUCCCUAAAUCCGAAGCGCUGCAUUUACAUUAUUCAUUCGGCGGGGUGUGUCUUGUAGGCUUGUUUUUCAGCGCCUGUAUAUAUUGCGAGGUCUGAGUCAAAGAUAAAAUGCAGAUGGAAAAGGCAAGUCUUUACACAUCGGUAGAAAUAAGCUCCACAGAUCCACGGGACAGGUCCCAGGCUCCGUCUUCACCAUGACACGCAGGCUGGCUGCACUCUGGCUGACUGCUGCGGCGCUGAUGCGGAUUGCGGAUGCGGUGGGACCUGUGGUACAGUGCGGACCGUGCGACCCGGGGGCGCUGGAGCAGUGCAAGCCGCUGCCGGCAAACUGCGUCGAGAAGGUCCGGGAGCCGGGCUGUGGCUGCUGCAUGACCUGCGCCCUGGCAGAGGGAGAACUUUGCGGCGUUUACACCAGGAGGUGCGGCGCCGGGAUGACUUGUCAGCUGCAGCCCGGAGAGGCGAGACAACUCCAAGCUUUACUGGAGGGACGGGGAGUUUGUUCCAAAACAGCCUUGAAAAAAACCCCACGUUUACCGCCUGCGGGUGAGCAAGGUAGACCGGAGCACCCCGGCCUGACGGAGGAACCAAGCGGUUCCAGGGCGGCCACCCCGGAUCCCAGGAUCGUGACCAGGGUGCCGGAGCACAGGACCCCCCACCAUAACCCCAAGGCGGAGGUCAUCAGGAGGGAGCAGACCAAGAAAACCCACAGCUUCAAAGUCCAACCGGUCCCAGAAUAUGAACACAAAGAGGUGCACAACUUCUCUGUGGACUUCAGGCGGGAGCUGGAGUACGGUCCAUGUCGAACAGCAAUGAUAAGCAUCCUGAAAAGGCUGAAGGCCUCGGACACCCUCAACCCAAGACGUCUCAGCAUCCCCAACUGCGACAAAAAAGGCUUCUACAAGAAGAAGCAGUGCCGCCCAUCCAAGGGCAGGAAGCGAGGGAUAUGUUGGUGCGUGGACAGAUAUGGGCAGACCCUACCGGGCUUUGACGGCAGCAAAAAGGACGGCACACAAUGUCAAGGUCUGGAUAACAAGUGAGAGGCAGCAUCACAUGACUCAGGACCAGAGACAUAAACUUUUGAAGGAUCUGCCUGCCUCUCCCACACCAUUGGCUGGAUCUCCCCAGCCAAUAGAACUGCAGGCGGAGGAGGUUGGGUGGGGGGGGGGCGUAAGUCUCAGUCAGCCAGUGGCUAAAACUGAGUCGCAGUCAAAACGAUGUCUUGUGUAGACAAAAGGUAUCAGUUCACUUUGUCAUUAAGAACUGGAUGUGGGGGGAGGUCAGUAGGGGCGGCGGACAUUUCCUGUUUGUGGAAGCUGAAAGAUCUGUGUGCCUCUGUGUGCUUUUGGGCCCUUGUACGUCUCUUUCACCUGAGACGACGCCGGGAACUGGAAUGGUCACACGUCAGAUGGUUUCAGAGACUGCUGCAUGUGGCACUGGUUGGAGAUCUUGGCUAGGUGCCCCCCCCCCACACACACACACACACACACAACACUUCUCCUGCCAAAAUGCCUGCAGAGGGGGUUCAAGAUGCAGUCCAGUGACCGUGGAAGAUGCAGUCCCUGCCAGCUCUCUGCACUCCGACCUCGGCCUUCGGCAGACGGCGUGUACAGGCUGUUACCUUAGCAACACACGCCUGUGCCCCCCCCACACCUACCCCAGCCUGUCACUUGAUUUUUCACAAUUUAAUUACUUUAAAAAUGCAUUUACUAUAUAUUUGUGUGCGUGUAUAUAUGUAUAAUAUAUAUAUAUACAGAAAUAUAUAUGUAUGCUGGUAGAAAUGGGCCUAAACUGUAAUUCUGUAGCUACUUCCUGUCCACUUAGCCCUCAUCAUUUCAGAGAUGCUCCCCAAGAAAGGAUGUGCCAUUGCACCCCCUUUGGUUGCAUGUGGGAAGUGCGGUCAGGGUGAGCGCGAGUGCCGGACUGGCCUGGUCCCCAGACUAUUCGCAGGACACCCUCAGGGACCUUCCAGAGGGAAACGCAGUGGUCCACUGCGACUUACUGCCAUGGAAACUAAGGAGGACCCACCCAGUGGGAGCGAAAGGUUCAGUUCGCGUGUCAUGCGAGAGUCGCAGUUUACUGCAGCUGGAGAAGGAAACCCCCUCGCUCCAGAAACCCACAUGUGCCUUCAUUCUGGGUUGGGUGCCCGCUGGUGUGUGAGCUUACGGUGUUAAGGUCCUCCACCCCAUUGCCAUGUUUGUUUCUGUGCGGGGAAAACCAGACUUGGGGAAAUUCGAGGACCCGUUCCCUCCUCGCCGAGGACCCUCCUUCGUCUUCCCGCCUGUCAGUUCUUCUCUUCAUUUGCUCACGCAACAUAGCGGCAGCCAGCUGGCAAUAAAAUCACCUGUAAACCAGAAACGAAUCCCUCCAUUUCUGCCACUUGUGACGUAUUUGGGAACUCGCAGGAAUAAACACUCAUCACGUCGCUCUUUAAGUGAUAUUAGAAAAGUUUGCUGAUCCACACGUUUCUGAAGAAUAUUUAUUUUUAGUUAAAAUGCCUGGCUAGUGGAGUGUAAUCUGCUGGUGUAUUAUAAUAUAUUUUUCCAUAUGAUAGUUUGCAUUUACAUAUCCUCAUUUAGUAGACACUCUUGUUCAGAGUGACCUACAAGUCAGGCGGAGAAGUUCAAAUAAGCUAGGCUGAGAUUCCAGUGAGUGACCAGUAACAUUGAGUUUACAGAAGAUCUUGGUGAUGCGCAUAGUUAUCUAAGUCUUUCCCAACCCAGUCCAUAGGGAUCCCCAGGGUCUAUAUUUUUUCUCCCUACCGGCUCCCAGCCAAUCAGCAGCACCGAAUACCUGGUACAGGUGUUUGGAGCUGGAAGGGAGCAAAAAUGUGCACUGCUUGGGGGAUCCACCGGGACUGGUGGUUGGGAAACACUAGUCCAAAUUGUUAAAGACCAUAGUUUGGCUUUGCUGCAUAAAAAACACCAUACUUUGGAUGUAGCUUAAAAUUUAUUAAAUAUAAUGUUACAUGUGUUGAUAUAAUCACACCAUUUAUGGACAAGCAAAGCAGCAGGAACGGCCCAGUGGAGCAGCAUCUUCACAUUUCCCUGAAACAAAGUAACUUUGCCAAAAUUCCAUCUGAGACUCGAUAAAAGAGAACAAAACGACAAUAACAAGGUUCCUGGUGGAUACAUUCGGACAGGCAUUUGUUUACAAUGUAAUCCAGACAACUGACCAAAAAAACAAAAAUGGCCAUAGGAGGUAGAUGAGUGGACAAACCCGUUUGAAACAAAACAUCGCGCGUGAGACAGUGGGGUAUCCCCGUGAGGUUGGCGGCCAGAUCGCAAAACUGAAACCUGCGAGUUGAACCGGCACUUUCCAGUCCAGCUGAUGUGUUGUACUGAGAACACGUUCAUCGUGGCUGCAUUGGUACAGAAGUGUAAACGCAAAAGACCCGGAUACAGAGUUUGGUUUAGCUUGCAGGCGUGAUGCCCUCUCAUGGAGCUGUUUGGUAAGAACACAGAUGUGGUCUGUUUUUUUGUACAAAAUAAAAAAGUAUAUUAUAUACA